AUGUCCUCCAAAACACUGUCACAUAUUCUUGUCAUUAUUAUACUUUCUGUAAAUCUAAUGCUGUUGUCAUGUUAUCAAAUAUCUAAUGCUAAUACAAUAAGCAAACGAAAUAAGCGGCAAUUUCACGGCGGUAAUGACUUUGGCUUCAUUUCCGUUCCAUUCUUCAACUAUGCCUGGGGCAAACAUUAUUCUAGUCCUUAUGGCUGGGGAAUGCCAUGGUCAUUUGGGCCUCGUUACGGAGUAAGACGACGUUUCUGGCGAAGGCGUUGGGAAAGCUCAGGUGGAUUUCAUGACGGUUUCGGAUUUCACGGUGAUUUUGAUGGUCCGUAA